CACAAAUUUUGUUUCCCUUUCUGUACAGCCAAAUUGAAAAACAAUCUCGAAAGAGCAUAUGGAUGUGAGAUCUCCAAAGCAGCGGAUUUAUAACUGUUGCCUGCAAGGAAGCAGCUGAAGAAAAUAGCACUGAUUGUGGCAGUAUCACAAAUAAGGACACGAGGCAGAGCUUCUCAAGAACAUCUUUGGGGGAAUGCAAAAAGCUCUUUAAAGACCGCAGGAAAUUGUGUGUGUGAAUAUCAGGGAAGAGGGACUGGCUGCUUCUUACGCGAAAAUGGCUUUUCAGUUUAACUUCACCAUAGAAGGAGACCCAGAAGAUGAACCAACAAUCUUUAGAGGUGAGGCUUCGAGGCCGGACUCUGGAAGAGGUCUAGCAGCCUUGGAGGGUCAAAAAGGAUUGCUGAAGUCCAGAAUGCGCCCGUCAGAUAAGCGUGGGGGGCCACAGGAGUCUUUGCCUGCAUCUAAAUCAAGACUAGAAAUGACUGUAGACCGGGAUAGCUCUCAAAAUAAUGCUGACGAAAAUGCAGGGGGUUUGGAUCUCAGAGAAAAGCCGUCCUGUUUUAGCAAUGCUAAAGAACAUGAAAUUCCCAAAGAUUUAAAGGGAGUUUUAGAAAAUAAAGUGGUGGAAGACGUAUUGGGCCUCCGCUCUAUUAAUAUGUCAACUGUGGACUUGGCGUUAUCAAAAGUUAGCUCCUGUGGAGAAGACACAGUAUCCAGAAGUCUUUCUUCCCAUUCGGAUCUGAUAACAGGGGUCUAUGAAGGGGGCUUAAAAAUCUGGGAGUGUACCUUUGACCUCCUGGCUUUUCUAGCUGAUGCUGAGGUGCCGUUUGUUGGGAAAAGGGUGUUAGACCUUGGCUGUGGAGCGGGGUUGUUGGGCAUCACUGCAUUAAAGGGAAAAGCAGGAGAAGUUCACUUUCAAGACUACAACAGUGCUGUGAUUAAUGAGCUAACCAUCCCCAACGUAGUAGCUAACUGCGCUUUUGACUGCCGAGCCGGUGAGGUCGAGGAACCUGAGCAGAAGAGACGCAAGGCCUCCAACCCGCCGCCCGAACUUUUGGGGAGGUGCCGCUUCUUUUCUGGGGAAUGGCUUGAAUUUUCCAAACUCAUGCUCGGCGGCGAAAAACCGCACGGGAGCUACGACGUCAUUCUCACGUCGGAGACCAUCUACAAUCCGGAUUAUUACGGCGCCCUGCACGACGCGCUGGCUACGCUGCUGAGUGAAAAUGGGCGGGUGUUGGUAGCAAGCAAAGCACAUUACUUUGGUGUGGGAGGAGGAGUUCACCUAUUUGAGAAGUUCGUGGAAGAAAGGAACGUAUUCAAGAUUAGGACUCUCAAGCUAAUUGACGAAGGACUAAAAAGGUUUUUAAUUGAGAUGAGCUUUAAGCCUCUCGGUCGCUGUCCACCCUCACCAUAAGUAUCUAGUUGAAUGGUGGUGGCUAAUAAUAAUAAUAAUAAUACUGGCAUUUGUUAAGCGCUUACUAUGUGCAAAGCACUGUUCUAAGCGCUGAUAAUAGAUACGUGUUUGACGAUCAAGGACCUCGUCUAUCUCCUGGCACCUGUUCUGAAACUAACGGUGUGUUUAUGAUUGUUCCUUUCUUUAAUGCAAACAACUGUAAGAUGUUGUGGGCAGGGAAUGUGUUUAUUGUUGUAUUGCACUCUCCCAAGUGCUUAGUACAGUGCUAUGCGCACAGUAAGCGCUCAAUAAAUGACUGAAUGAAU